CCUGUUACAAACAACAUCACGAGAGUCUCGAAACGCAAGACUACAGUACUAGUAGGUUCAACCGCUUGUCUCGUUGAAGCACACAGCGACAAAGAUGAGCAUUCUCACGUUUACUGCAACGGUUGCGAUUUUCACAAUUUUUCUCGGCUCGGCGAGUGGAUAUGUCUACUGCAACGGCAACUACUGUUCCGAUUGCUGCUGUGGCUUUAGCAGCAGUGACUGCUGCUCUUGUUUCGACCCAGACAUCGAUGUAGCCAGUGUGAACCUCGCGUGGUGGAGCUGGGCGCUUAUCGCUGCGGGUAUCCUCGUCAUCAUUGCUGCGGCGAUUGGAGUCGGCGUGUGGCGUCGACGAGUGUAUCUCGCCAGAACGACGGUUGUUCAGAGCGGAGGGGCGGCGGCGGCACCACUCGUCGUGACGACGUCGUCUCAGCAGUCCCAGCAAAUGGCAGGCUAUCCGCCUGCGGGCUACAACUACGCUAGUUAUUGACGAAACGCUAUGGUCUCUAGGUGGACGGACAGUCGCUGCUGCAUGCGCUUCUUUAUAAUAUGUUAUGUUCUUCAGGGUCUUCCUCGAUUGGGUAUAUACUAAGUAGUACUGACUGCUGUUUUCUCUGUAAGCAUGUCAUCAAUUCUCAGCAAUGGGUAAGGAUCCUUAGUCUGCAUGAUCAUUUAUGCUGAUCAUCUAAGCUGAUCUUUCUAUCUAUAUACACGAUCAAUGUAGAAA